CCCUCAUAUAAGACACCAAACCCGCCGCUCAUGCCCUAGUAUGCUCGCACCAUUGUGUUUCCCCACUUUCUUAUCUUCCAACGUCCACUUCCGCCUUUACUCAUUACACUUCCACGACUCGCCACAAUGAUCAUCCGACUAUCACUAUCCUCUCUAGCCCUGGGCCUGCUCCCUCUCGCAAGCGCACUGUCUCCCGCUGACAUUCCCGCCGACAUCCCUGUGUCGCAGCUGAUCAAGGACGCCGGCGUCAAGCUUGCUACCGGAAACACCCAAGAUGCGCUCACCUAUUUCGACGUUGCCAUCCAGCGAGACCCCAAGAACUACCUCACCUUCUUCAGGCGCGGCGCCGCAUACCUGUCCCUCGGCAGGACACAGCAGGCUGAGCAUGACUUCAACAAAGUGCUCGACCUGAAGCCUGGAUUCGAGGGGGCGCUGUUACAGAGGGCCAAGAUAAAGGCCAGGAAGGCCGAUUGGGUGGCUGCGCGCAAGGACUACGAGGCAGCAAACAAGUCAGAUGAGAUCGCACAGCUCGACGAGGCACAGGGCGCCGCUGUCAUUGCACAAGAGGCGGCUGAGAAGGGCGAAUGGGAUGCUUGCAUCCAGCAGGCAGGCACGGCCAUUGUGGUAGCUGGUGGAGCCUACGACAUCCGCAAGACCAGGGCCAGAUGUCGAUUUGAGAAGGGCGAGGUUGUCGAGGGAAUUGCAGACCUGCAGCACCUUCUGCAGAUCAACAAGGGCGUAGUCGAGCCCCAUCUCCAGAGCUCAGCCAUGGCCUUCUACUCCCUUGGCGAGACAGAUAAGGGUCUCAAGCACAUUGCGCAAUGUCUGCAGUCUGAUCCAGACUCCAAGGCAUGCAUGAAGCUCAGGAGACGAGAGAAGAACCUGGAGAAGGACAUCAAGAAACUCAAGAACAACUUCGAGAGGCGGCAGUUCGCAACCGCAUCGAAGCUCCUGAUCGACCGUGGGGAGGACGAACCCGGCCUAUUGAAGGAGGUCAAGCAAGACUUCCAAGAUUACAUCGAAGCGGGCUACAUCUACAAGAACUCACCGUCAGGGCUCUUCAAGCAGCUUCUCGAAAUGACCUGCGAAGCCUACAACGAGAUGAACAACCUCAAGAAAGGCACACCCUACUGCACCGAAGCCCUGACCCUCAACCCAGACUCGCUUCACGGCCUUCUCAAUCGCGCCCAGCUCGAACUCGCGAAGGAUCAAUUCGAAGAGGCAGUGCGCACACUCGAACAUGCAAAGGAACACCACCAGCAUCAGCGCAUCCAAGAACUCCUCCAAAAAGCACAAACCCUGCUCAAGCGCUCAAAGACAAAGGACUACUACAAGGUCCUCGGCCUGACGCGCGACGCUGACGAGCGCGAGAUAAAAAAGGCUUGGCGCAAGGCGACGAAGAUGUACCACCCCGAUAAGGCUGGCGCGCAGGACAUGACGCCCGACGAGGCGCAGAAGAAGAUGGCCGCCGUCAACGAAGCAUACGAAGUCCUCUCUGAUCCCGAACUCAAGGAACGAUUCGACCGCGGCGACGACCCGAACAACCCUGAGCAGCAGCAGGGCGGUAAUCCCUUCCACGGCUCUCCGUUCGGAGGACAGCAGUUCAUGUUCAAGCAGGGUGGCGGCUUCCCCGGUGGUGGCGGCAGCUUCAAAUUCCAGGGUGGAGGUAUGCCCUUUGGCUUCUAGAUUAUAUGUUCACCUGCCGACAUUUGGAGUUUGGGCUUCGGCUGCUUGUACAGAUGGUUUGCUGGAGGCUGUCUUUUGGUGUUCACGUAUGAUAUCAAUCUCGAUUUUCCAUUCACAUAUUCGCUUUCCCUUUGAACUAGAUAGUAGACACACGACACGACCAAACUCGGGGCUAGGAUUAUGCGCUGUGACUUCUUUGGUAUGCUUGCUUCAUUAUCCCUCUGACAAAGAUGUUGCGUAGUUGAGCGUGCGUGCGGAACCCUUUUUGAGUGUGUGCUUGCCAUACAGAGUGGAAGAGGGGAUCAUGUCUUCAAAGAUGCGCACCAGGCGAGCGGGCAGGUAGCUGUAUAUCUCGUGGGACGAAGAUAGAACGGUAAUUGAGUGAUCACUAAUACUGUU